GGUCAUUUUUACAUCCACAUUUUAUGGCAUAUUCGUAUACCACAUCAGGAACAUUGCAAACAGAAUCUCCUGUAGCAAAGGGUCAUUGCUUUUAUCAAGGACACGUUGCCGAGAUCCCAGCAUCAACUGUGACCCUCAGCACUUGUUCAGGUCUCAGGGGCUUGUUGCAGUUAGAGAACAUCACUUAUGGAAUUGAGCCACUAGAGUCUUCAGCUACAUUUGAACACAUGAUUUAUCAAAUAAAGAAUAAUAAAAUUGAUUAUUCCCCCUUAAAAGAAAAUUUAAAUCCCCAUCAUGAAAGUCAGUCCUACCGAAUUCUUGUAAAACCAGAGAAAACUUCAGAUGUGUCACUAAUGAAGAGGACCCUUUAUGUCAAGAUUGUUAUGGAUAAAGCCAUGUUUGACCAUAUGGGCUCCGAGAUGGGAGUUGCAAUUCAGAAAGUUGUUCAUAUCUUUGGUCUCAUUAACACGAUGUUUUCCCAGCUGCAGAUGACUGUGAUGUUAACCUCUCUAGAGAUCUGGUCAGAUCAAAACAAGAUUGAAACAAAUGGGGUUGCUGAUGAAGUUCUGCAAAGGUUUCGGUUGUGGAAACAGAGCCAGCCAUCUGAAAGAGGCAGGGUUAUCACGUAUUUACUCCUGUAUAAGGAUUACCCUGAUUAUGUGGGAGCGACAUAUCACGGGAUGGCCUGCAACCCAAAGUUUACAGCAGGAAUCGCUCUGCAUCCAAAGACCUUAACCGUGGAGGGCUUUGCUGCUGUCCUGUCACAGCUGCUUGGGAUUAACCUGGGGUUAACGUAUGACGAUGUCUACAACUGCUUCUGUCCCGGAAGCACCUGCAUCAUGAACCCUUCAGCAAUACGUUCGCAGGGCAUCAAGGUUUUUAGCAGCUGCAGCAUGGAUGCAUUCAAACAGCUGGCUUCACAGCCUGCCCUAGACUGCCUCAGGAAGGAGCCAGAGCCAGAGGUUGUCGCUCUGCCCCAACAUUCACAUUGUGGCAAUCACCACUUGGAGUCACCAGAGGAGUGUGAUUGUGGCCCUCCAGAGAGAUGUACCCAUAAAGGUUGCUGCAACCCUAAAAAUUGUACUCUGAUAAAGCCUUCGGAGUGUGGGACAGGGCCGUGCUGUGACAGAAGGUCAUGCAAGAUAGCCGAAAGAGGGCGUCUUUGUAGGAGAAGUAGAGACCUGUGUGAUUUCCCUGAGUUCUGCAAUGGGAAAUCUGAAUACUGUGGACCUGACACAAAGGCUGCUGACCUAGAACCCUGCAACAACAGAACUGCCUAUUGCUAUGGUGGGAUUUGCCAAGACAUUGAUAGGCAUUGCAUGGAUUUAUUCGGAAAACAUGCUAAGGGUCCCAAUUAUUUGUGCAUGCAAGAAGUGAAUAAUCAAAAUGACAGAUUUGGAAACUGUCGUGGACGCUGCCAUUAUGAUCAGCUGUUUUGUGGAAAAGUGGCUUGCCACUGGAGACACGAAGAACUCAUUCGACCAAAACAACAAUUUGAUCUCCAGUAUACUUACAUUGGCGGCCAGGUGUGUGUGUCUGCAUACUUAAGAAACGUUUGGGUUAGGGACCAUACCUACGUUCGUGAGGGCGCUAUCUGUGGUGAAGGCAAGGCAUGUAUCCGAGGGCGCUGCGAAUUUGUGCAUGUUCACAAAAGACAUUCACCAUGUAAAUCAGAGCAGAAGUGCCAAGGACAAGGGGUUUGCAACAAUCUAAACCACUGUCACUGUGAUGCUGGUUUUGCCCCUCCGGAGUGUGACAUGACACCUUCUUCUCCAGGAGGGAGCUUAGACGAUGGAUUUUGGCUGCCCAUGGAUAGAAGUACACCCUUGGUUGUCAAGCGGCGUGAUGCUCGCUUUAAAAAGGGACUUCUGAUCAGUUUGUAUGUUUUACUACCUUUCCUCAUCAUGUUCGCCAUCACUGUUGUCAAGCGGAAUAUCACAAAGAGAUUCUCGCAGAAAGAAGAGGCUUUAAGUGGAGAAACAAUUUCAGAAGACAGUAAUAAAGGCAGCAUCCAGUCUUAGAGUCAAAGCAGUUAUGCAACACCAAAGCCACAAUGGAAGAAGGACAAGAAACUCACUCGUACGUGGUCUGUUCCAAGAAUAUGGACCAGCCGUUUCUGUUUCUGUGACUUCCAUUUUACAUACCUCCAAAUAAAACCCAUGGCUGAAAGUGUA